AUGGAUAUUGAAAUUGAAUUUGAAAAAUUACUUCUUACAGACGAUCUUCUAAGAUCUUUCAAAUACUAUAAUCCCUCUUUUAUUACGACACAAAAAAUAAAAAAGAUUUCAAGUGAUAAUUCUUUAAUUUUUUAUGUCAGAGUAGGCUUCAAAGAUGAGGGGGGGGAUACCCUUAAUUAAUGA